AGACGUGGUGGCGGAUACCCCACUUCACGCAGGUCGAGCUUCGAGGCCGCCAUGUUCAUGGGCGGAGAGGGGAGGACGUUCAUGUUGCACUCUGCAGUAGGCUCGCGUGCUGGUGAGCUCUGCCUCCCGACGUUGGCACCCUCCACGUCCUACGCUAUCUCUCCGUGCUACCAGGACGGCUCACAGGACACACCUGCUCGCUUGAGGAACCUUCGCUCUCCCAUCUUGGCACACCGCAUGGCCCGCAUCUCGCCUGAGAACUUUGCACUCAUGUCAUCCACGUCUGUGGUCCCCAUCAUAUCAAAUCCUCAGCCAUCGCGGGUCACCCAGAGGUCGCUUUCGGAAGGCAAGACAGACAGCGGAUGUAUCUCGCCGUGUGCCGAGAUGCCGUCACGAGCACGAUCAACGGUCGUGUCGUGAGGGCAGAGCUGUUCGGUUCGUCGUCGCCGUUUUUCCUGUUUGUCGGUCGUAGAUAGCCUAGGACUGCCCCUGACCCCGUCCAAGGGCUCUCGACGUUUACCACACUGUUUUUCUGCCGUCUAUAUCCUGCUAUGGUACAGAGUCCCCGCGUAAGUAGGAUGUGAUGGCCCCCGAGAAAGCCGACCUCCCGCUGCUGUUUGAUAAGUUCUAUGGAGCCUUUCACAAAAUAGACGUGAUCGGGUGGCUUAUAGGGGGUGCAGGGUUGGCGCCUGUACACGAACAUCCUCGGCAUUCAUGUCUUGGCCUUGCUGUCAUGUUGGAACCGUCUACUGAAAAAUACCCACUUGUUCUGGGUAUAUACGGCUUUACCAGCACUUAUACUUAUCACGGAGGGAGUCGUCUCUCGUCUCACCACUCAUAUAUCUCCGAUCACUAGCUAUACUAUAGUGAGCCUCGCUUGUCUGACUCCUUGCCUGCUUCAAC